GAAAAUCUGGCCGGGUAGGUGCAAAGGUAGUCUGUAGCCAUCUUGUACUCUCUCAUGGAUUGGACGCCGAUUCUCCUAAACUUAAAGAAUCAAUUCUGACGUCACAGUUAUUAACCGGACUGACAACACAGUAUCGUGAUGACCAAAACCCAACUGUAAAGACCGUCGUAGGAAGAACAUAGUCUAUCUGAAAUAAUUUUCAUAUUAUCAAAAUUACCAAGAAAGCUUUCAAUACGAUGAACAGAUGAAAUGGCGGAACAACUUGUUGUUCGUCAUUUUGGCCAGUCUACAUGUGUGAUCCACAGACGGGUAACCUUGGACUGGUUUUGUGAAACGUGUAGAGACGCAAUAUGUGCCAAAUGUAUUUCCACAACUCACAGGGGCCAUAUUUUUGUUCAGCUGAGUGAAGUUACUCGAAAAAACAGGCAAUGGAUCAAAACCUUUAUCAAUACAACCGAACAAACUAAAGUAGCUCAAAUACAACAAGAAAUCAGUACUACACGAGAAACUCUGAAACGAAACUUGAGUCGUUUUGAAGGUUUAGAAGUAGAAGUACGAAAACAAGGCGAAGAAAUAAAGAAGGAACUUGAUGUUUUAAUGGCUCAAACUAUUUCUCAGUUGAAACACUUGGAAGAGGAAAAUUCAAAAGUUCUGAUAAAUUACCAGACACAACUUGGGAAAAAGCUUCAACAAUUGAAAAAUCAGCGGAAACAGUGUAAGAAAUCCCUUCGAGUUGGCACAGAUAUCCAAGUGUUUGACUUUGUCAAAGGACUCAAAUCCCUCGUUACAUUACCUACAAAGCCAAUUCUCGGUAACGCGAAAUUUUAUCCUCAGAUAAAUCCAGAGCGAUUCUUGAGACAAGCACUCGGUACAGUGGCCCUAACCCCAUCUGAACAGUCAAGAGGUGACUCAGACCAUUCAGGAUCUGCUGGUCCUGACCAGUGGCAUGUAUCAGUGAAUCAGCACGAACUGUUACAUAAACAGGAGUCACAAGACGACAUGACCCAGAGCAGUCCGGCACUUCAGACAAUCUUUUGUCACAAACGGACAGCAAGUUUCUGACGGAAUGGAAGGCUCCAUGUGCUAUUAGUUUCAUCUGCCCAGCUAGCGUUGGUAGCGUGUGGACAUGUGAUUCUGUCUGGCAUGACAACAUUGUAACCCUCCUUACCUGGCAGGCAGACAUAGUGAAUCAGUUACGAAGUCCUGUCAGGGUAACAUAUAUACACAUCACCUGUUACCCGCAACCUCUGUGUAUGCUCUCAAACAGAUAACAAUGUUUUGGAGCGGAUAUUAAACUGUCUGUGAAAGAAAACUCGGACAAGAAUCAGACCCUUUGUUUAUUAAAAUAAGGCUCUUUUUUUGGCGCUUGUUAACAUUUGUCACUUGCCGCUUCGUAUUAAUUUCAUUAAAAAGCUGUUGUCAUAAUCAAUUAAUGAACAAUACGCAUAUUGUAUAUUGCUUAUAUGCAGUUGAAUGUGUACAGCUCGUUAUAUCAAUGAAUACUUACUGACAAAUCUUAUUAAUUGAUGUACUUUAUGUAAUGGAUAAACCUAACUUUUAUUUAUCAUGGAAUAGACUCAUUUACUUAAGGACACGCCAACUAAAGAUUAAAAUAGUAAUUAUUCAUCAACUUCACUAAACAAGGUCCCUGCCAGUAAAUUAGGAGUAACACAAGCGACCUUUGUUUGAUCUGGAGGUCUUUUUUUCCUUAUGUUCGUUGGUAAAAUUUGUUGUGUUGCUGUCACUGUCCUGGUUCUCGCUAUGAGGACAUGACAUUAUUUAGAUUCGGUAUAGAUUUACAUUGCAGGUGUCGUCAUUGAAGCACGAGAUCUACACUACCAUCACAAAAGUUACUGAACUGUUUGAGCUUUCUUAUAGGCAGUGCCUUUUCCAUAUUAAAGAUUUAUUUAUGAUAAAAAUUAAACAAGUAACAGCAUUAUAUUCGAAAGUAUUUUGGCAAAUAUAUUUUAAAAAAACCACUUGCAUUUUCUGUUAGAAGAGGAUGUAUACACUCAUAGUUAAACAGAAUUGAUGCACCUACGGAGAAGCAUUCCAUCUAUAUUCAGUUUAGCAUCCAUUGAAUGCAGUGACAACCUGCUCACUUACCCAUCAAAUCCACAAGGUCUUGUUCUCUUUGUACGUUUUAAUGGGUCUCUAUGUAAAUCUUUCCUUCGUUCAUAUAUUGCCCUACUUUUAUGGAUUUUAAUUAUUUUUCAAAAGUGGUUCUAUUGACACUUCGAUAGUCUCUUUUUUGUUUCUUUGCGUGAUAAGUGAUACAAUGUAUAUCUAUAUAAUUUCACUGAAUACCUUGUUCCUUUAUUACAUGAAACUGACAUAUACAUGUAGGUAACUUCAGACCAAA